AUGUGUGAAGCUGCGGGUGAUUUCAUGGCUAGUAGGUUCAAGCAGGAGUGGGGCGAUGGGAUGGGGAAGUGGUUGAGGGGGGUUAAGAGGGAGGCUGUUAAGGGGAGGGAUAUGCCAAGAAGAACGGGGACGGGAGCCGGAAGAGCAUUUAUUACUGGUGGCGUCAAGGUCGAGGACAGGGAGAUUAUGCUGCCUAUUCGUGAUGCCACUGGUGGACAGCAUCUGAGCUCAAAGCAGUUGGUUCCGACAACGAGCUCUGUCAGUGGAGCGCUGGGCAGGUUCUCGCAGGCUCAUCAGCUGUGGGAUGCGGCGCUGGGGCUGAUUACGGCCAUUUUGAGGUAUGUGAGAGUGGAUGACGAGAUGUUUGAUGAUAUGCUGGAGGUGAUGGUUGAUGUGUUACAUGAGCCGGAGAGGAGGGGUUUGAAGGAGGCGCUGGAGACGAUCAAUGCUGAUGCGGUUUGGUUGGCGUUGUACGAGAGAGGAAGAGUGAAGGGGAUCAAGAGUAGGCCGCGGUCUGUGGACGGGCUGGGUUUUGAGUUUGUGAGGGUGCCGGGUGUGGUGGUUUAG